GGCCUUUUACUCCCCUCCGACGAUCCCCUGCAAUCGACGGUGACAUCUGUUUGUCUCGGCACGGCAACAGGGAGCAUGGUUCUGUCGGCGGCGGUCGGAACAACGAGAGUUGAUGCUUGGUGUGGUUUCACCCUCAUAUGAUGAUUCGGAAGCAACGAUAAUCUUGUAUUUUUUUUUGCUUCAGAGUUGCGGUUCGGAAAUGGAUCGGGCAAUUGAUGAAGAUAUUAUUGAAUGGAUACUCGAGUUCAUCCUCCGAUCAACUUCUGAGGAAGCUUUACAGAAGAAACUCGUGUGCGCGCUUUCAGAUUCUAAUUCGCGCGUCUGCUCACGGGUAUCCAAAACCAUCGCCCUCCGAUCCAUAGAAUACGAGAUUGAAGAUGCGUCGGUGUCGGAGAGGAUUCUGGAAAAUCUUGAGAUCAUAGAUGAAUUGGAUCGAUCGCAAGGGCUUAGCAUUUUGGAUUCCAUGAAGAAGGCAUAUUGUGCUGUGGCGGUUGAGUGUACGGUUAAGUAUCUAGCUUCCAGUUCCAACAGGAAUGGGAAGUAUUUCGAAGCCGUCAAGAGGAUAUGGCGGGGAAGAAUUGGUAAUCUAGAAAAAUUGAAUAUUAGCAAGUUGUUGACUGAAGAGUUGAUUGCAUCUGGGGAGGAAAUUGAGGCUGCUGUUUGGGAUGAUGAUCUUUGUAGUAGACUGAUGGAUAGAAAUACACGAAAUGCUGCCUUGUUUUCGGUUAGGGAUUAUUUGGAGGAAGCGCUCCCAUCAAUGGGGCCAACAAUUCUUGAAAUGGGUAGUAAGCUGAUGCGGAGUGUUGGUGGUGACCACUUGCACCCCACAGUUAGUAUUCGAGAGGGUAGUGGGUGCAGUGGCGAUGAGAGGGAUCAGGAAGGAAAAGAGAAAGAGAAGACUCCAUCAGCAGAAGUUAGACAAGAGCUUGAAAGGCUUAAAGGUACUUCUUUGGAGUUACAAAAGGCAGUGACAGACCCUCUGCCUGAAGCACUACGUGAUGAUGAAACUAUAGCAUUGGAGAUGGUCAGGAAAAAUGCCAGUGGAGAAGUAGUUGGUGUCGAGGAGGGUGACAUUGAACCUGAUGGGGCUAAGGAGGUCGGUACUCAAAUGGAAUCUUCAGCCUGGAAAAAUGCCAGUGGAGAAGUAUUUGAUGUCGAGGAGGGUAACAUUGAACCUGAUGGGGCUAAGGAGGCUGGUACUCGAAUGGAAUCUCCAGCCAGGAAAAAUGCUGGUGGAGAAGUAGUGGACGUCGAGGAGGGUGACAUUGGAUCUGGUGGAGCCAAGGAGGUUGGUAUUCAAAUGCAAUCUUCCAGCCAUCCAAAUAUGUCUAAACGAAGUUUAAUGGAGAGGAACAGUACCGCCCAGGUUUACAAGAAGGUUGGUCCAGCAAGGUCAGGUUUGAUGGCAGAGACUAGGUUUGUAGGCUGGUGGGAUGAUUCCAUUGAUGAUGAUGACUCGUCUGAAGAAAGAGCCAAGCGUCUUCAAUUAUCUAAUCCAAAGAACACAGAUGUUUCUCCCCCAAACAAGCGCAAAACCCCAAAUUUUGCGAGGAAUAAUAGAAGGGCCGAGAGAGGCAGCAACGCGGUUGCUUCUCCACUGAAAAAGCAAGAAUCCCCUAAAUUUGAGAGGAAGAGAAAGGCCAGGAGAUGGAGUCUACAGGAAGAAGAAGCUUUGAGGGAUGGCGUUGAAAAGUAUGGUAUAGGGAGUUGGAAAAUGAUUUUGAAAUCCAAUCCCGAAGCUUUUCAGGAGAGAACUGAGGUGGAUUUGAAGGACAAGUGGAGAAAUUUGUCUGGACGUAAGCACCGUUGACAGCUACAACAUUUAGGAUGCUAAGUUCUUUUGUAUUCAGUCUUUCCAUGUAUAUAUAAAAGUGUAUCUAUGCAGGUGUUGAAAUUUACAUCAAUUUUUUAAAUUUCUGAAGUCCUCACUGCAUGUUCAUAUCCCC